AUGCAAAUGUUAAUGAGAGUUCCAUAUGAUAAUCUAAUGAAGUUUACAGUUGCAUGAAGCUCAAUAUUUAUAACAAAAUACGUUCUGUAUCUGAAAGGCCAAUGCCCUAACUGAAUCUUCGCCAAAUAAAGCCAAUGUUAAGCGUAGAGUGACAACUUGAGAAGCAAUGACAUCGUCGUACGGCCCGUUGAUCAAUCUCUUAGAAGCUUCUAAUCAUAUGGGUCAUUUCGUCCAGCUUCUCGUUUUCGUCCAUCGCUCAACUCCCGUUCAGUAUAAAUUGUCCACAGGCGGAGAAAUAAUCAGGACAGACAUUCAGGUGGGCGAUGACACUCGACCCUUUUUCUCCGUAUCUUUAUGGAAGAAAGAAUUGCGGUCUAUUGUUGCUGCUGGCGACAUCGUUUUAUUACGAAAUGUCAAGAUUACAACAUUUCGAGAUGUUUUCGAGGCCAGAACUGUUGACUGGUCAUCUUUACUCCGUCUAGUCCACCCUUACCAGUCCCUUGUUUCUAAGAGUGCAAUUGAAUUAGUAGCAGAAUGUAGAAUGGGGAUUGUGGUUAAAGAAAAGCUUUCCAAGGUUAUAGAAUGGGUGCAGCGGACUGGGUAUAUUGCUAUUGACAACAUCGAACCAAAUGACCGUCAAUAUAGGCGACUCUCCAGAAACUGGAAAGUGCCAGAACCGAAUAAAUUUAGAGAAUGUCCCUCACUUUCAGAAGUAUUGUGCCUGAAUAGUCACUGUAAGGCGAUAUUUAGUGCUUCUGUCGGUGAAAUUUUUCUGCCGAUUACUUGGAGGCCCAUCGGAGAGUCUGAGAAUGAAAAUAUGUUUAUCAGCAGGAGACUAUAUAAAUCAGCAGACAAUAAUUUAGCGGAAGAUCUUAUCUGCACUGGUUGCCGGCUCUGUGGUUCCCCUUUGCAUCAAGAGCAAGGAUCUAUAGUUGGGACAAAUUCAGUUCCACUCUAUUGUGAGAAAAGCUCGGAUCGCCUUCAUGCAGUCAGCUUGAUAUAUAGGCCUUUUAUGUUAUAUUUAUGGGAUGAAUCUGAACACAUACCGUUACUGGUAAAAAACAAUGCUGCAGAGAAAUUGUUCGGAAACAUCAAGGCUGAAAGAGUUUACUUGUGCUAUAAAGAGUACAAGCGUGAUAUAACUCUCAAUCCAGGAUGUUUUGCAGAGAACAGUUCUCACGGUUGUGGCACAAGAAUCCGUAGUUCCCCAGAAGCUGCUGGGGCAAGUGAUGCGAAGCAUUGCUCAUCAGAUGCACAUGAGAAGCAGGAAAGUAUGCAAAAUCUACAAUGUAACAAGAACAUAAAUUUAUUUCAAAUUUGGUUAGUUGUUCUUAAACUGUUGUUGCAGCGAGGAAAAAACAGUCCUUUGAAAUUCGAAGUUGCCGUAAAUGCCAGCCUUGAUACAGAAAACGGGAGGUUUGAAAUGAUCUCUGUUUCAACUCCUUGCUUUGAAACCAUUCGGUGUUUGGAAUGAAGUGAAUACUUGAAUACGAGGAUUAAA